CUCCUCUCACCGCGGCACUCGCCGUCGCCGUCGCCCAUCAUGCCCUCUCUCCCCACAUCGCCCUCCGACCUCUCCCCACAGCUCCCAGAGCUCGGCGGCGCGGGUCAGCAGCAUCUCAUCGUCGUCUCUAACCGUCUCCCCGUCACCAUCACGAAGGACGCGUCAGGCGAGUACCACUUCAAGAUGUCCUCCGGCGGCCUUGUUUCCGCCCUGUCUGGCUGCAAAAAGUCCAUGUCCUUCACCUGGAUCGGCUGGCCAGGCUUCUUCAUCCCGCCGAAAGACCGACCCAUCGUCGACCGCCGGCUCAUGGAGGAAUACUCCUGCCAGGCUGUCUACCUCGACGAUGAUGUCGCCGACAGACACUAUAACGGAUUCAGUAACUCGAUCCUCUGGCCGCUGUUCCACUACCAUCCCGGUGAGAUGAAUUUCGAGGAGGAGAACUGGCUUGCGUACCGCCAGGCGAACAUGCAAUUUGCCCAGGUGAUCAUGACGCAGCUCACGCCGGGCUCGAUGGUAUGGGUGCAGGACUACCACCUCAUGCUUCUUCCCCUACUCCUCCGGUCUCUUGUCGACGCGCCCCAGAAGGUCGGCGAAACAACCAGCACCGAGCUGGAACGGAUCCUCGAUGGCAUCGAGACCGACGAGAUUCCACCAGCUCCCAUUGCCGACAUAAAGAUUGGCUUUUUCUUGCACACACCGUUCCCGUCGAGCGAGAUCUACAGGAUUUUGCCCGUACGGCGUGAGAUUCUGCUGGGGAUUCUCUACUCGGACUUAAUUGGGUUUCACACGUACGACUACGCUCGGCACUUUCUGUCCUCAUGCACGCGGAUUCUCGCGCUCCCAACAAUGCCUAAUGGUGUCGAGUUCGAAGGCCGCCUCGCGCACGUUGGCACGUUCCCUAUUGGUAUCGACCCAAGUUCGUUCAUUGACAACCUGAAGAAGGAAAGUGUGCAAAAACGAAUUGAGCAGCUCCAGCAACGAUUCGGCAACGUGAAGGUCAUUGUUGGUGUAGACCGACUUGAUUACAUCAAGGGUGUUCCACAGAAGCUGCACGCUCUCGAGCUUUUCCUCAGUCAACAUCCAGAAUGGAUUGGCAAGGUUGUGCUUGCGCAACUGGCUGUCCCUUCACGUCAAGAUGUUGAGGAAUACCAGAACCUGCGUGCGACGGUGAACGAGCUCGUUGGCCGGAUUAACGGCCGCUUUGGCACCGUCGACUUUGUGCCGAUACACUUCAUGCACAAGAGUCUGCCUUUUGACGAACUAUGCGCGCUUUACGCUGUCAGCGACGUCUGCCUCGUGAGCUCUACGAGAGAUGGUAUGAACUUGGUGUCUUAUGAAUACAUUGCAUGCCAGCAGGAGCGCCAGGGUGUCAUGAUCCUCUCUGAGUUUGCAGGCGCGGCGCAGAGUCUGAACGGCAGUCUUGUCGUCAACCCAUGGGACUCGCAGGCGGUCGCGGACGCGAUCUACGAAGCUGUCACCAUGGAUGCUGAGACGCGGGCAGAGAACCAUCGGAAACUGUUCAAGUAUGUGAACAAGUACUCGGCCGCGUUCUGGGGUACAUCUUUCGUCCGCGAGAUGACGAAGCUGCGGUUGCCCGAAGUGGAACCCGCUGAUAUGCAGAAGGGCGGGCAGGCCGAACUGACGCUAAACCGGGAGGACCUGAAGGGAAGUAUCGUGGCGGGAGGGACCGUAACGAUGGCCCCACCCAUGAAUGCCCCAGCGGUUACGAGCCCCGCGUAACUUUGUUUGAUGGGCCAUGCUAUCGUUAUUCGGUCAUAGAGGUUUAAGAAGAUCAUGAGGUGGACAUUACAGGAUGCAGAGGAGAGGGUUGAGUCUUGUACCAGCCAGGUCUUUUGCAGCUAACAGUUAGGUAUCAUUCAUCGUCUUAUCACACAUGCACACAGAAAUACAUAUUUGCAUCACGUCAUGGUCGCCACCUUGUCUCCCCACUCCACUGUACACGAUGUAUCCACCUCCAAUCCGCUGUCUUGCACUUAGUUCGCAUACUCUACGUUUCGCGUUGUAUACUCUGUACGACAUAGUUGUACAGGUUUUUCGUAGAAUUUACAAUAUAUUACGCCUGUGCAACCCA